AAAAGCCAAUUCAAAGCUAUAAUUUCAGCAGGUCAGUGCAUCUCUUAACUUGUAUCUAGUAAAAAGUUGAUAAAUGGUGUUCUAUAAAGAUAUCAACUUUGAUAGUAGUACCCAGCACGGUGUGAAUAGUGAAAAUUGUUAAUGCAAGGUGAAAACAGUUUUAUUGUACUUCGACGAGCGUAUCUAAAAACAAGCUUACUGGAUGCAAGGAAACCUUUAACAAUGUAUUUUAUACUUCUUCUUGUCAUCAUCACCUUCCUCCUGGUGGACUUCCUAGCAAAGAUAAGACGCUAUAGUUUGACAUCCAACUAUCCAGGCCCAAAAAUUUAUCCAAUAUUUGGAACUACCGAAAUAUUCAAGAGGAGGAAAGCGGAAGAGUAUUUGGAGGUUUUUCGGGGGUACAGCGUGAAAUAUGGUCCAAUAUAUCGGAUGUGGAUAGGUCACGAGUUGAUAAUUUUCAUAGAGGAUCCGGCAAUUUUAGAGACACUCCUAUCUAGUCCGAAGUAUAUCAACAAACACUCAAUCUAUGGGAUGGUUAAAUUCUGGCUGAGAGAUGGGUUACUUCUAAGUACAGGUCCAAAGUGGCACUCCAGACGAAAAAUAGCUGCAGCGGCAUUUCAUUAUAAAAUUCUUGAGGGAUUUGUGGAUGUUUUCGAUCGUAAUAGUCAUAUUUUGGCAAAAAAGUUUAAAAAACAUUUAGACGGUAAUGAGUUUGAUAUUUACUGGGACGUUAGCUUGGCAGCUUUAGAUAUUAUUUGUGAAUCAGCGAUGGGCACAAAAAUUGAUGCGCAGACAAGUACUGACUGCGAAUACAUUCCAGCUGUUGAAGAGCUAAGUAAUAUUUUAUGUCAACGUGUCACCAAUGUCUGCUACUGGAAUGAAGGGAUAUUCGGGAUAUUGGCUCCCAAAAUAAAAGCGCGUCAGGAUCAUUUAGUUAAAAUCCUCCACAAUUUCACUGAAGAUGUAAUACUAAAGCGCCGAGAUGCGUUGUUGACUAAUCAAAUCAAAGGAGACGGUAUAUCCCCACCCGAAAGUAAAAGGAAGAGAGCCGCCCUUCUCGAUGUUCUCCUACAAUCAACAAUCGAUGGAAAACCACUUACAAAUGCUGAUAUUCAGGAAGAGGUUGACACAUUCAUGUUCGGAGGACAUGACACAUCUGCGUCUGCGGUAUCCUUUGCACUUUAUCGCUUAUCACGUCAUCCAGAAGUACAAAGCCGAGCAUUCCAAGAAAUAUGUGAAGUAAUAGGGACUGAUAAAAAUAAGCCGGUGACUUACAAGGAUUUACAAAGCUUGAAAUACCUAGAAUGUGUUAUCAAGGAAACAUUGCGGUUGUACCCAAGUAUAUCACUUUUAGGAAGAAGAGCGCUAGAAGAUUCAAAAAUUGAUGAAUAUUGGAUACCAGCUAAUUCAAACAUUAUUGUACCCUGUCAUAUAGUGCUGCGAAAUCCCAGUUCUUUUCCUGAUCCUGAUAAAUUCAACCCGGAUAGAUUCCUGGAAAAUUCGGCAGAAAUCAACCCUUAUUCCUUUAUUCCAUUUAGUGCUGGGCCUCGUCAGUGUGUUGGACAAAGGUACGCAAUGUUGGAAAUGAAGAGUUUGCUUUCGACCAUGUUAAGAUACUAUGAGUUGUUACCCAUGGGGCCUGAUCCCUUGCCAAUCGCGUACUUAGUAUUAAAAUCGACUAAUGGUGUCCAUAUUGGAAUAAGGGAGAGAAAAUUUUGAAUUGAUUUUAGCUGAUAAGCUAGUGGCACUGUAUUGUAAAACUAUUUUUUAGUCGAUCCGACUUAUAAUAUAUGCA